CACGGCCAUACACCACAGGCUACAUGACUCACUCUACCCCCCCAAGCCCCUACCCGCUGCCAGCUGGGCGUACCCUCCCAGCCAGCCCCCGGCCCCCUACAUGCCCCAGCCAACCAUGCAGCAAAGUGAGCUUCUCAACGUUCAGGGCCCGCGAUACGCCAACCCCAAUUUCCCCCAGAAUUCCAAAGAAGCCAUACAGUCAAUGUUGAGGGCACGCCAGCCUGGCAGUGGGCCCGCCUACAUGCCCCAAACUAACAUCAAUAAUAUUCAACAGAACAAGCUGCUUAUUCGACAGCGCCUGGUUCAGCAGCGAAUGCCCCAGCCCCACCUGGCUGACACGGGAAUGUAUGGCGGGAGCAUGACGGGAACCAGCCCGGGCUCUGGGAUGAUGUCUAUGAAUCAGGGUGCUGGUCCAAUGAACCCGAUAUAUACAGCAGCAACUAUGGCGGCAUGCAGUCACAGCCCCCCAUGGAACAGAUGAUGCAACAGAACUUCAGCCAGUCUUACUCCAGCUCACAGAACACGGCCAUGAUGCAGGCCUUACCCCAGCAGGCAAACUACAUCUCUCAGGCUCAGCCUACGCAAGUCCCCUUCUCAAAUACGUCCAGUGGGCGUAUCCCCAUGCAGGCAGGUGGCAUGAACCCACCCAACACCCUCAACAUGGCAACAGGGAACUACAGUCGCAUGGGUCAGACUGUGGGUCAGUCCGUAAUGGGAGGCCCUGCCACAAUUUUGUGCAGCGCAUACCUCCGGCCCAAAACAACAACUGCAGCAGCAACAGCAGCUUCGGCAGCAGCAGUUGCUAUACAAGCAACAGCAGCUGCUGCAGCAACAGCAGCAGCAAAAACAGCGGCGGCGAGUCAGCAAGCAGCUCUGAUGGCACAGUUACGGCAUGGCGGGAAUGCACCACCGCAGAUGAACUCAAAUUAUAAUCAGAAUCAGUAUCCAAACUACUGAGGGAAGAAUGGAAUUGAGCCGUGCUUUGUGAAUACCAGGCUUAAUGCUUGUGUGUAAAGUAUUGUCCCAGUAUUGUCCUAGAUUAGCUGUUGAAGUCCACAAAUUAGUCCUAUAUGUCUAAAUAUAAGGACUGUUUUAGUAUUUAGAGAUUGUUAUAGAUAAACAAAAUAGGCUUAUCGUCAGAACUACAGACAUGAGGUGUUACAUAGAUUGUAAUGGUGCAAAAUAGUAAAUAUACUGGCCUCUGGAUUUUAACAAGUUGUUCCUGCUUUUACUUAGUGUAUGUGGAAUGUACCAGUAUAGUGUUAGGAAAUUAACUUGAUAUUUAAGCCUUAUUCAAAAAGAUACUAUGGAAAGUUUUAAUCUACCGUAAUCUGUACUGAAAUCAAACUGGAUUUUAACAAGUGUCACUUGAGGCAUGAAUUUCUUGAUUCAAACACUUACCAUGAAAUACAAGCUUUUAUUUACUCUAUUGCUUGGUGUUGUCCACGUUAUUGUGACAUUUGCUUUACAUGGAACUUAAAUGUAGCCAAAAGCCAUUAUGGGUAGAACCGUCUUGAUUUAGUUCAACAUCCUUGUUUUUGUGAAUUAAGGUCCUUGUACCUUGAACCAGGCUCACUAUCAUGAAUAUUACAAUGUGUGACCUUAU